UGCGGCUUUUUUCAAAAGCACAGCUUUCGCUGGGCAUUUUCUAAAAAUAGCUCGCACGGAAAACUGGAUGCUGGAAGAGCUCAUAAUUUGCGUGUUGUGUAGAAAAAGGGGGAGUGUUUUCUUCAAAAAUGUUGUAUUUGCUCAAGUUUGUGUGCUUAUUGUUUGUAACCAGUUAUGUUGUUUGUUCAAAGUAUGACAAAAAGUUUGCUGAUGAGAACAUUGAUAAAAUGGAGCGUCCCUUUAGGAUAAAUAAAGUCAAUUUAUUGUGGCAAAAAGCAAGAAAACAUCUUGGACCAAAAAAGUUAGAGGAGUUAUAUGUGGACUUGAAACUGCAUGAUGCUGAAGAAGGCAAGCUGAAGGCACUCAAAGCGGAAAAAAAUGGCGACCUUGAUGGAGAAAAGGAGGCAUCUGUUAGGAAAGCUUUUCUUGGAAUUAUGGAGAAAUUCCACCUCCACGAUGCAAUGGAUCUUCUGCAAGACCUAGAGAAACACAAGAGAGAGAACGAAGCCUCUUAUAUUGACCGCCGCGCUCUGAAACGUCAUGAAACAGAGUUUGGCAUAUCGAUGGAUAAGAAGUUGACGAAAUUAUGGGAGAAGGCGAAUAUGGCAGAUUUUACUGAUGAUGAACUCUACAUCCUGAAGAGGGAAUUUCUUCAUCACCAAGAGAAGAUCGAGGAGUUUAAUCAACUGAAGAGCGAAGUGGAGGUGAUGGAGGGGAUAUCUGAUAACUCCAUAGAUCAGUUCAAAUACUCAAAUCGUUCUUGGAAAGAGAUAAAAGCAUCGAAAGAAGAACUGAAGAAAAAGCACAAAGAUCUGAAACGCAGCUAUGAGGAUCUCUCGUUCAAAGCUCGACCAGACGAAAUAGGCAAACUUGCUUUCUCUGAACCAAGAGUCUAUGACCUCUAUGCCUUAGCCAAGAAGGCCAACAUGACAGCUGAAGAACUUGAUUCCUUCAAGGAAGAACUCCAACAUUUCGAGCACAAAAUCAAGAAGCACGAGUACAUGAAGGAACAGGCUAGAAUGGAGCCAGGCCAGCAUGACAAAAAAGAGAAGUACAGUGGUGAUAUCAAUGAAAAUAGCGAGUGGGGCAAAAAGGCUGUCGACUAUGGGCGUAAGAUUAAAAAGAUCCACACCGAACUAAAGAUCCGAGUGGAGAAAGCUGCUGGCCGUCACUCCGAGUUAUGAUGAUUCUCUUUCGAUUAUAACUUUCCUGUGUAUCGUGGCAUUCCACAGCUUUCAAGGAGAAACACUGGUAUACUUCGUCUUCAUAAUUGCAUGAUACGUGAUAAUUCGGUGACUGUCUCAAUUGGUGCUGUUUACAGCUGACUUGUAUAUGAAUUUGCUCAGUGCUGUAUCAAAAUGUGUGUGGCACAAAUUUCCUCUGUCUGGGCUAUUAGAAAGUAGGUUCAUCCUACUUACCACUUCAUAACGUAGGGCUAAAAGUGCAAUAUUCAAUUGAGCGCGAGGUCUUCAUAGUAGGAGUAGAAUUAGAAAGUAACACUUUUGACUUGAGUAAUACUUUGAGGCAUUUUAGUUUUGUUUUCAUAUGUUGAACUGUAGUAGAGUAUGGUAUGGAGAAAAUUGUUGUCCUUGUAUUGCAAUUUGGCAAAAAGACAUCAUUCGUGGUACAUGUAGUAUGCAUUCUUAUAUACAAAACAUUUUGAUACCAAUAAAGAAUAUUUCUGCUUGUUAU